CAAAAUGUAAUCGUUUGAUAUAUUUAUAAUAUAUAGUUAACAUAUUUGUAACUUUCAGAUUCUAGAGAGAAAAAAACAAAUAAAGGAGUUAGUCUACAGAUUCAAUGCACAUCGAUGGAAGGAUUUGAGCACGUUUUGUCUGUUGCUGGAGCUGAAUCAUCUACAAAAAUCUUAAUUGACAUCUCUGACAAGAUUUCCAAAGAAAUCAAUGAAUAUAUUUCAGUAGAUGUCGAACCUGAUGUGCUGCCGAUGGACGAUGUUUUGAAAAUGGAAGAAAUAUUUGAAAAAAGUGGCACGCAUUCUGUUCCGUUGAUAGAAAACGUGAAUAGAAAAGUAACGGAAAUGUUUGUCGAUGACACAGUUUCAGAGAUGGCACAUCGACAAGAAUGGACUUCAAACAAGACACAGAAAAUCAGAUGUUUACCGGAUAAGCUACAGGAACUUUCAAGAAAUAUAAAUGAUUCAUCUACAAACACUGAAAUCAAUAAACUUCACCAGAAAGCAGAGGGGGUUUGUAAUUCCGUAACCAAGGCGUUUACAGUUACCGGAAGUGAUGUAUUAAAAGAAAAGGAGAAGCUUUCACGGGUGUCUUGUCCCAGCAGAGUUGAUAUUGAAAGAUUGUCACAAACGUUACUUGCAUUUAUAGGUGAUCUUCGUACUUGCACAAACGAAAUUUUUUCUAUAAAAUCGAGCAUCAAUAAUUGUGUUGGUAUCAAUCGUUGUGCGAUGAAAUUAAUAGAAAAUGAAAUCAUUGCAGCUGAGACCGAAGUAUAUGAAUUAGAUAAGCAGAUUCAACUUACACAAAAGGAAAUAUCAAAAUACGAGGAUGAAGCUUACAAUGAGGAACGCGGUGCUGUUGACCUCGAAGACCGAGCUAAAGGUCUUCGACAUAAAUUAGAGGAACACAAAGAAAAGGGAUUGUUAUGGGGCUAUGGAUCUCUGUCAGUAGGAAAAUUGUUUGCACCACUUACAUUGAGUAUGUUGGUAACAAUAUUCAGCAGAGCAGCACCACUUGCCAUAUUGGCAAUGAGUCAGGCUGGUCAUCGUCUAUAA